AUGAACGAAAUACAAUUCGUGAAAGAAAAGCAUGUAAACUACCUGAACACGUACACAACUACGUCUAACGCAGAAGAACUAAUAUUCAAUGAAACUCUCAAGAUGUGUGGAGUGUUCUACUACCUUUGUUCAUGUAAAAUACUAUCGCACAAAAUAAAUAAAAAAAAAGAAUUCAUUAAUUUUAUUUUGCAAUGCCAGAAUCCUGAUGGUGGAUUUGGUAACAACGCAAAUUAUGAUUCGCACGUGGUGUCGACACAUCACGCUAUAUUAUCUCUUCUUUUACUGAACCAUUCUUUUGACGAAUUCAACCCUUACGUCCAGCAUGAUAAUGAUGUUACAGAUAAGGUGGUAACAAACUCGGAUUGCAUAAAUGGAUGUAAUGCAUCGAUUAGUAGUCCCAGUGUCAACCAACACACAAACUCUAAAAAAACCAUAAGAGACGCAACGUGUGAUUAUAUAUUAACGCUGUUCAAUGAAGAUGGAUCUUGCAGAGGAGAUAUUUGGGGAGAAGUUGAUACACGCUUUGUAUAUAGUGCAGUUAGCUGUCUUACCAUACUAAACAAACUGAACAUGGUUUCAACAGAAAAAAUAGGAUCUUACAUUUUAACUAAUUAUGCUAUUUGUGAAAAUGGAUUUUCAUGGACUAGUGGAAAUGAACCCCACGCAGCUAGCGUUUUUUGCUGUGUUGCAACUCUAUUUCUAAUUCAAAAAUUGUAUUUAAUUAAUGAAAAAAAAAUAGGUGAUUGGUUAAGUCUACGACAAACUAAUAAUGGUGGUUUCAACGGAAGGGCAGAAAAACUAACAGAUACAUGUUAUUCAUGGUGGAUUUUUUCUUCAUUAAUACUUUUAAAAAAACACAAGUGGAUAAAUAAAUAUGCCUUAAAAAAUUAUAUCCUUUUUUGUCAAGACUUAGAUAAUGGUGGUAUAAGUGACAACCCAGAUUGCUUACCAGAUAUAUGCCACACAUUUUUUGGAUUAGCUGCCUUAAGUUUAAUAGAUAACCUGAACCAAUCAGACAAAAAAUUAACACUCAGAGAAAUGCACCCAGUGUAUGCCAUUCCUAUGCACAUUGUACAAAAAAGAAAGUUACCUUAUCGAGACUUGGAAAUGGCAUAA